AUGGAGCGCUCUCAAGCUCUGUAUGCCUUUAACUGUGGAGAUCUCAAUAAAUUCUACGCCUUGGAGAAGCACUGGUCAGAAUGGGAUGAUCUAAAAAGGAAGAAGGAUUUCCUUGUGGCUAAAAUCCGACUUCUAGCAAUCAUGGAGCUCGCUCUUGCUCGUCCCUCGAAGGAGCGUAAGAUCACCUUCAAGGAAAUCGCAGCAAAGUGCCAGGUACCUAACAACGAGGUUGAAUUCCUUGUGAUGAAAGCGCUGAGCAAGGAUUUGGUCCGUGGUGCAAUCGAUCAAGUCAAUAAAACUGUUUUGAUAACAUGGGUACAACCUAGGGUGUUGAAUACAACUCAGGUGCUUGCCAUGGCCAAUCGCAUCGCGGCUUGGAGCAAAGAUGUAAUGGCCAUGGAGAAUAUCGUCAGCGAAAAUGCCCGCGAAAUUCUCACUAAAUCGUAA